CAUCUCUGCGCGCUGCUCCAGGCUCACGGCACCACGGCCUCGUCCUCGCCCGCCCACGACGCCUCCUGCACCCUCCAGCUCCUCGUCCUCGCCCGCCCCGCCGCCCUGCUGCACAGCGCCUCCGCCAUGCCCGCCGCCCUCUCCACCCUCCGCGCCCGCGACCGAGCCCCGCCCGCGAAGAAGGCAAAGCUGGCCCAGUCGCCUGCCGCCGCCCGCCACAACGGCCUCAAGGCGCUGGUCAGCGGCACCGCCGCAAAGCCCACGGCCAAAACCAGCGGCCUCCAGAGUGCGCGCGCACACAAGGCCGGCGAUGCCACUGCUGCCGUCCAGGGGCCCGCCGAUGCCCACAUGGCCCAUGUGCACGCAGACGCGGAUGCGGACGUCAUCGAAAUCAGCAGCACCCAAGAGGAGAGCGACGACGAUUCAGACGAUGCGCACGACCACCCAGCACAGCUUCGUCUCGACCGCGACACGCCCACGGCCAAUGGCACCGCAGACGACGACAACGAAGACCUUACUUUCGGUGACCGGCUGCGCGCCGAGGCUCCCGAGCCAGUACAAGAAUCGCGCAUCAUCAGCGUCGAGGAUGCCUUCGACCCCAACCCCGACCGCUCGCUGGCCACAGCAAAGGACCGCCCGCUCGCUCCGCCCAACGCAAACUCCCUCGGCACCGUCCUGACCCAAGCCCUGCGCACAAACGACAAGGAGCUCCUCGAUUCCUGUCUGCAGGUCGUGGAUGUCGAGUCCGUCUAUGCCACGGUCGAACGCCUGCCGUCGCCCCUCGUGGGAACCCUUUUGCAGAGGCUGGCCGAGCGCCUGCACCGGAGUCCUGGCCGCGCGGGUAUGCUCAUGGCCUGGGUGCAAUGGUCUCUCGCCGCACACGGAGGAUACCUGGCCUCGCAGCCGCAAAUCGUGAAGCAACUCACGGCACUCAACAAGGUUUUGAAGGAGCGCUCGAGCGGUUUGAUGCCUCUGAUGUCGUUGAAGGGUCGCCUGGACAUGCUUCAGGCUCAGCUCGACCUAAGGAAACGGAACCAAGCCGCCAAUGACGAUGCCGACGAGGCCCUCAUCUAUGUCGAAGGCCAGGAUGACUACGUCUCUGACGACGAGUCGGUCGAGGGAGCCUCUGCCACCCCGAAGAGGUCGCGCCUGGACGUGGACGAUGACGAAAGCUCUGACGACGAAAUGGGCCUGAACAUGGAAAUGGAUGAUGUUUCAGACGAGGGUAGUGAAGGCUCUGAUGAAGACCUCAUUGACGACGAGGCCGAGGAGACUGACGAUGAUGAGGGCGAGGAUAUGUCAGACCCUAUGAGCGACGACAUGGAUGAUGGCGGAGCCUCUGACAGCGAGGACGACUCGAAACCAGAGCGACGAUCCACGGCUGCAAGGGCUGGGCUCAAAAGCCGGCGUUGAUUUGCUAACGUGGAGAUUUAUAAUCUGGCAUAAUUUUCCCCAGCCUGCGGAUCAUCUGGACGGCGCCCCCGGUCACCCAAAACGGAGUUUUCAUACAGGCGUUGAUGUUUUGCCCAUGAUAUGUUGAAUGAGGUUCGGGUAUCUACUUUCUAGACCAGAUUUUUGUUUGCAUAGCGUGGAAUAGACGGCUUUGCAUCCAUUGCUCGUCUCAUGUAAUGUCAUCACACACGGUCCAUGUAUACGAUGACUUUGACACCUUUCCAGGCCUCGGUCUCUUUAUUUAUUUAUUUUCGCAACACAAGCUUCACAGCUCAACAGACAGCAACGGGGUAUCCCACACAGCACUAGCAGCCUGUCCAACUUGUACUCGAGUUUCCAGCCUCGUCUGACGUUGGAAUAUGUCUGCACUG